GUGUUCAUAGGCACUGAAAUAUAUUUGGAAAAUAUUGAGAAUGGAAGUGAUUCCUUGAGUCUAAUUUUGUCAUAAAGUAAGCUUGGUUUGACAUAUAAUUUGUUGUACCCAGUACCAGUCCCUCCAACCUCCCAUAAUAUAUCCCAUUAUACACAGAACCCAAUCUUCAUCAAACCCAAAUCAUCCUCACAUCGCAAUCGCCCCCACAACAGCAACCGCCACUCCAACCACCACCCCCGCAAUCCAAACCUCUUUCCUCCCCCCAUCGUCAAAAGAACACCCAUCAGGCCCAACCCCCGGGCGCACAGGAGUAUGAUACCCGCAAUGGACAUAAUCAUUGCUGAAAGUGCUAUAUCACCAAAGCCAGUCAGCGUCAGCGUGUCCCUAUCUCCUAAGCAAAGCAAUAUCCUUCUCUUCACCCCGCCUCCCAAUACCCGCAGACCCCCAAAGCGCAACAACACCAGACUUGACAGGAAUGAAAACAGAGCUGGGAAAACUAACACACAAGACCAGUACGUCACAAUAUACCAAUGCUGCACCUUCCCAUCCGGCCCCGUUGGCUCGGGCACGAACUCCUCACCGCUUGGGCAAGGUCUGUAAGGUCUGUGAUGGGGGGUUCGGAAAGGGAAUGCGGAUGAGAUGGUUGGUGUAACGGAGAGGAGUGUUGUGGUUGCGGGGGUAUCUGCUGGGGCGCCGAGGGCGAGUGGGAGGGUGUAGAGGAGGGAGAGGAUGACGGGGAUAGGAGGAAACCACAUUCGGAGGGCCUAGAAGGCGAGAUGCCUCCGCAAGAGUUGGGCUUUGAAAUGUGUGAAGGGUGGCGCGGGGCUUUGAGCGUGGGUACGUCGAUCUGAUCGAGGCUCAAAACUGCGCUUUCCACGACCCAAACUGUAGUAACUCGUCGAUUCCAAUAGCUAUAGCAAGAAAGCUUUGAUAGCGAUGAAGACGGAGAAGCUUUAUGAACGAAUAGAAGAAUACCAAACCUUGAAGCAAGAAAACUGAAUACACCUA